AUGGUAGGCGAUUUGCGAAUCAAGGUCGCCCCAGCACACUGUGGGACCAAAGUUGCCUCCGUCGCGCUCCGCCUCAGCCUCGAUGAGUUCGCCGAGGUGAAAUAUAUGCGUCCUGGCGCAAAAUUGCCCCCAAUCGUCAAAGCAGACAACCAGACACGGCCGGAUUCGCAGUACAGGUGGAUGGUCCGUUCUCAGGACAAGGAUGAAAUAAUUUACAACUACACCGCCUACGACCGAGCACUCGGCGACCCUGCACUCUGGGUCGUUAAGGCAGAAGAGCGCAAGACGUGGACCACGGAGGCGACGUUGUUUGGAAGCGAUUUGGACUUUUCUGCUCCGCAGGUCGCUCCGUUCACUGUAGUAUCUCCAGCAGUCAACUAUCCUCCGGCAAUAAUGGCCUAUCGAGCGGUGUUAACAAGUUCCCCAAUAAGGCGACAUGGAAGCUAUGAUUUGGCCUACAACUAUGUGGCGCUAGUAGCAUUCACCGAUGGGAAUGUUGUCGAGCAAAGCGCAGGACAUACAAACUUUGCCCCGAAUUUCGUCAAGCAAACCAGCCUGCCCUCCGUUAUCACAGCGGUCUUUCGGGAUGCGGCCAACGAUCACGGUGACCCUGCGCCCCCUGAUGUGCAACAAUGGAUAGAGAAGAGAGAACGAUGCUUCCCCUCGCCCGAACAAACUGUCUACGUUGGGGAAGUAAGGCUGGAGGGUGGGAACACAGUGCAACGAGGUGAGAAGAUAACGGGUAGGGUGUCUAUCAAUGCGACCAAGGGCUCCACAACCAUGUCGCGCGUAUUCCUCACACUUGGCAUCACGCAGAACAUGGACUGGGCCAAGCGGGAGGCGGCGGCCGGCGGGGACACAGAAUUCUCGAACAACGAUAUUCGCCGCUACUCCGCACACUCAGACCUGAUAUCUCUCGCCCGCACCGAACAUCUCUUCCAUGAGAACUUGCAUGAGCUCUCCUUUUUUGUGCCCUCUGAGAGCGCCGGCGGGGCCGUCAGUCACGACAAGCCCUAUUUCGACUUCUCCCUCGAGGUCCCUGAAUAUAUUGCGCCUGCGUUUACGGCCUACUAUGGCUCCACUGGCGCAAACCUCGUCAUAAACCUCCAAGCGGUCUACUCACGCGAAAUCGCUCGCUGCCUCGAUGGCAACCACGACAACGGCAUUCUCGAUGAUGUCGCUCGCAGCGAUGCAGACGCCGCCGCGCAAACGGAGGAGGGCUUGUGGGACUCGCAUACCAUCGUGGGGAAGCCGCUCGAGGUCGCGCCGGGCAGGAUACAAUACCUCCAAGCACGCAUUCCGGUAGUCGUCGUCGGCAACACUGUGUCCACAGCGCCAACAAAACAUUACCUUUCUCCCGGCGCGGCGUCUCCCGUGCUGCUUUCGUUCCCUGCAGACGUCGUCUUCCCACCACUGCGUCCCGUCGUCACCGAAGAGCCUGUUCACAACACAACCAAAAGGCUGCUGCCGACGGACAGGUCGGCCGACCCGUUUUGGGCCAAGAGAGGGGGGAUGUCGAUGAGGCUGAGCCCCGAUGAGUGGGCUCAGGAGGCGCCGCCGGAUCCAGCGGCGGGGUACAACAAAGGCAACUACGCAGGCCUGUUGUGGAAGAAGAAGAUGGUUGCGAUUGAGCGGGGCAUUUUGGCCCCCGAGUCCGAGUCUACUGUUCUCUCGGAAGAAGGACAGCAGCCGUUCUUGACCAUUCCUUGA